GCCAAGCCAAUCAAACCCAUGAACUGAUGACAAGAUAUUUUACUGCCGCAACAUUUUGGCCUGCUUUCAGAUGUUGAACAUGGAAUGGGAUCAACAUCUAACCCAUAUAUGUGAGACCUGUUGGCGUCAUAUUGUGGAAUUUCAAGAUUUUCAACAAUCAGUGAUAUUGGCACAAAAAAUCAAUCGUUUGAAUUUUACUGGACAGAAAAUGAUGGAUACUAAAGAUUUUAUUAUGGAGCAAGAUGCUGGCGAUGUUGUGGAGCCUGGGCCAAACAAGAUUAUAAUUCAGAGUGAAAAUGAAAUUCAGGAAAUCCUUACUGCUGAACUUCCGCCUGCCGGCCCUUAUAAUAACGAGGAGUCCACUAGAGCUAUAAAGAAAUUUGAGAUUGAAAGCAGUGGCGUUAAUAUGGCAAAACAAUCAGAAUUGGCUAGUGAUAUCCCCGUGGAGACAGAAGCAAGCUUACUAAUGCAUGCAGAAAUCCCCACAACCACCAUAUCGGCAGACAAUGAUUGUUUUCUUAAUUCUGUGCAGCCUAUAACUGUAGAGAAGUACGAAAGUGAAAGCUUCAUUGUAACAAAUGGCAAAGGAUCUUUGAGGGAAUCAUUUAACUCUUCGAAUAUUCUUUUGGACAAUCAAUCCAAAAGCGUUAAACAAGAAUUUAGUCCACUUAGGGACCCACAAAUUCUUGAUGAAGAUUCCCUUCAUUUGAUGUCUGAGAACUCUUGUGAUUUGACUAAGGACAUGGAUGAAGAAAUAAGUAGUGAUGACAAUUACAUGAAUACAGCAGGACCUACCAACAAUCAAAUCAAGCAACAUUCGAAGCGCUCACGCCGUGGAAAACCCAAGGAUCCUAAAACUAUUGCAGAAUAUGAGUGCGCAAUAGGCCAGUGGAGGCCUGUAUUGGAAUGUUUCGUUUGUAAGUUACAAAUGUCCAGCUUUUCUUUGCUACAACAACAUUUCAAGCAACACCAUCCCAUUGAAGACUGUCACAUUGUGUGCUGUCGAAGAAAACUACACUAUCAUUAUGAAAUCAAACGGCACAUGAAUAUCAUCAAGCACCCCAGAAACUUCGAUGUGAUGAAUGUUUAAUUUCCUUCUCACGUC